GAUUUAAUAGCAUAUUGUAUUAAAUAUACAUUUGAAAGUGUCACAAAAUUAAUUAUAUAUGCCUUUGAUAACUUGAAAAUUUUGAUGUUUUAUUCUUCCAUGAAUAUGGAUGCCGAUCUUCCCAUCAAUGGCCAAAAUGGGAGCGGAAAUCAAGAUGAUCAACACGUUGAAUUAAAAUCAGGAUAUACAAUGCCAGGAAUACUUCACUUCAUUCAGCAUGAGUGGUCCAAGUUUGAAAUGGACAGAGCACAGUGGGAAGUGGAAAAGGCAGAACUACAAGCUCGUAUUGCAUUUUUGCAAGGAGAAAGAAAGGGCCAAGAAAAUCUGAAACGUGAUCUGGUCAGGCGUAUCAAAAUGCUAGAGUUUGCACUGAAACAAGAAAGAGCAAAGUUACAUAAACACAAGUUUGGUAGUGAUGGACCAGAGGACGAUAGCUUGAAUGAAUCAACAGAAUUUAAGCUUGGUGAAGAAAUCUCACAAGGUAAUACGCAGAUGUCAUGGAGACAAGGAAGACAACUUUUAAGACAGUAUCUUCAAGAAGUUGGUUAUAGUGAUACAAUAUUAGACGUGAGAUCACAAAGAGUACGAGCAUUACUUGGUAAAAGUUAUGAGGUUGCUUCACCCGGUGCUCAAAACAAAAGCAAAAUUGUAAAUGGAAUCUCAGAGAAAGAUAACAAUGUUUCUGUCAACCCUUCUGAAGCAGACAUAAUGACCAACUUCGAUUUUUUGACUGGAUCGCUACAUGAUGAGAUGGGCGAUGACGAUGAUAAUGAUUCUGAUCAAAUAGACUCUGGAGCAGGAGACCGACAAAAAUUAUCCAGAAUCAAAAAUCUUGUCGAUGAUGAUGAUGAUGAUAAUGACGAUGAUGAUGAAGACCGAUUUCCAGAAGACCUAGAAUGUGAUAUAACUGAAACUGAUUCUGCACUUGCUGAGUUUGAUUUUUUAUCUGCCACCGAAGGAAAUGAUGCUGUGGACUCUGGGCUGUUGGUAUGGCAAGUUGAUAGAAACAAGCUUAAUGCCAAAAAAGAAAAAUUUAAAGAGGAGAAAAAACAGUCUAAGAAAAAGGGGCUCAAUCGGCCAGUCAAGAAAGAUCUUCAAAGUAUGUUGGAAACACUGCAAGGAUCAUCAGAUGGAUUACCCCCAUCUCGUCUAUCCUCUGAUAUUGAUAUGAAAAAUGAGGAAGAAUCAUUACCAUUUUCAGUAGGUGGAUCACGUAAUGUGCUGGGUGAAGAAUCUGAUGCUUUAAGACUUGGCGAACUUGCUGGAUUAACAGUUGCGAACGAAGCUGAUCCUUUAACAUAUGAUAUAUCUUCAACUAAAGAUUCUUUCAGAAAAACAUGGACACCUAAGUUCACAUUGAGAAGUCACUUUGAUGGAGUUCGCGACAUAGCUUUCUUACCAGUUGACUCUGCAGUCAUAACUGCUUCAGAAGACAACACUUUGAAAUUAUGGAAUUUAAGUAAAACCUUGCCAAGUAAAAAAUCUCAAGCUCUUGAUGUGGAACCUAUAUAUAGUUUCAGGGGGCAUAUUGGUGCAGUACUCUCUCUAGCCAUAGACAAUGAAGGUGCUAUGUGUUACAGUGGAGGUGUUGACUCAAGUAUUAGAACAUGGACCAUUCCAAGCCGACACAUCGAUGCUUAUGAUUCCUAUGUCUCUUCUGUGACGGGAAAAGUGUUAAUUGGACAUACAGACGCUGUUUGGAGUUUGUCAUACUGUGGUACAAGGUGCCAUUUAUUGUCAUCUUCUGCUGAUACAACAGUAAGGUUGUGGAAUCCCCAAUCCACUGACCCAUUGAUCAGAACUUUUGCUGCUCCUGGUGGUUCUACACCUACAUCUGCUCAAUUUAUUUGUUGUGAUCCAAGUCAAGCGGUCGUGUCACAUUCUGAUGGAAAAAUACUUAUUUAUGAUUUGGAAACAGGACAAGUACCAACUACUCUGGCAGAGUCGGAUGAUUCUUAUGUCAAUUGUGUCGCAAGUCAUCCAACAAUGCCAAUUUCUAUCUCAGCACACAAUGACAGACACAUACGAUUUUAUGACAAUAAUUCAGGUAAACCAAUACAUUCGAUGGUUGCUCAUCUAGAUGCAGUAACAAGUUUAGCUGUGGAUCCUAAUGGACUGUAUUUGCUCUCUGGAAGUCAUGAUUGUUCUAUACGUCUAUGGAAUCUUGACAGCAAGACUUGUAUUCAAGAGCUGACAUCUCACAGAAAAAAAUUUGACGAAUCAAUUUACUCUGUUGCAUUCCAUCCAUCUGCUUCAUACAUAGGCAGUGCUGGUGCAGAUGCUUUGGCUAAAGUCUUUAUAUGAGAGGUGUUUUUCUGAAGAUCAAACCUGGAUAGGCACAGUACUACGACAAAGUAGUUUCACCAUGAUUGAUUAAAUAUCUUUUCAAAUAUCCAGUUGAUUCCUGUAAGUGGAAUCAUCAAAUGUGACGGUGUCACAUGCUUAACCCAUCUUUCGUGUUUGAGAAAAUACAUUGUAGGCAGUGAAAUUGACUGGAAGUUAAAGUUUUACAACUCAAGUAUUCUAAUAAAUAUUGUGCUUUAUUGAAAGAAAUAUAAUCAUUUAUUUUAAGGUUGGUCCUAAUUAGUUUCAUUAUCUUUUUGGUGACAAUCUAUUAUUUUUGCUUUGAACAAAUCAAAAUUUAUUUUGUAAAUUUGAAAAUACAAGAUGGCAGCCCUCAAGAUGAAUGAUUAAAAUGCAUUUACAUACUUUUAUGCCACUUAGCAUGAAGGUGAUUUUUUUCACUUUUUUGAUAUGAUAUUUUGUUUCAUUGUUUUUACUCACAAAAAAUUUGAUGUUAAACAUUGUAUGGUAAGAGACGUUGUGAAGUACAUUUGUUUUGUAAUGUUUGUGUACAAAUAAUGUUCUUUCUAUUUUUCAUAAUUGAACAGUUCGGGAAAAGUACCCAUUAUAAUCGAGUAAAAGCUGUGUUAACCGGAAUUAAUGUUUUUUCUUCGGUCAUAUGUAAUCAAAUCAGCCAAAUAUGACCUGAACUAAUUGUUGAUGGUUGCUUGCGCUCUUAAAUUUGACCACUUUUCGUCUGUAAUAUUUCGAAUAUAUCCUCGUGGGCUAUGACUGUGUUAAUUUAAAAAGACGCAUUUUGAAAAGCUGAGGAAUUGUGUUUAUUUUAAUUCAACUUCAGUAACUUUUUAUUGAAAAUAUCUAGUUAAUGUUGAUUAAUACAGUCAUUCACUGAUGUUGAUUUUUCAUGUUUAAAUUGAAAUUUGAUGUGAAAUACCUAAAUUUAGACUCUAUUUCUGAACAUUUUGUCAUUUAACGGGCUGGCUAAACUUCUUUGGGAUAUUUGAUUUUAGCUCAAAAUGAAUAACUUUUUGUUUUGAGUGUUUCAAAAAUUCUUUAAUUGUUGUUAUUGGUAUUGCUCUUUUUUAUUUUGUCACAUAUCAAGUGUUUUGAUCAUUUACAUUUUGUGAUGACAGACAGUACAAAUAAAAUUUUGUGAAAGAUAUUGUUUUUGCCCCUUACAGCAUGUGCAAAAAAUACAAUACACCAAAGGUCAAAAUUAUAGCUUAAAAAACCUAAAUUAACUAGGAGAAAUAUCUGAAUGUUAAGCGAUGUAAAUUUCGAAUAAAAAGUUCAAAAUAUGCCUUCCAUGGAUAUUCACGAUACUAUAUUCCAUCUAACCCAGGUGCAAAAUCUUUUUUUCUCAUGCUCCCUUUCAUGUUGCAGCAAUAUGCAGUGAUUUCAAGCUUUGGAAACCUUGGCGUAACACAAUUAUGCUCUCAUAGGAUGCUAUAUUGAUAUAUUUGACAUUAAAAGUGUUUGAUCUUAAUGAAGAUUAAGUAUUGACCACUGAUGAUUAUAAAUUUAUGUUAAAAUCCAUUUAUUAUUCACUGUUAUGUUGGUUAAAAAGCGGCUGAGAUUGGAAUACAUAGCACGAAAGUCUACACAUAAAAUCAACGGCCAAAAGUAGUGUGAAGAUGGCAAGUAAUUAUCUUGAGUUAGGAUAAAUAAAUUUAUAUAUAUAUAUA